AUGCCUCGGAAGUCUCGAUCGAAAUCAAAAUCAAAAGGAAGUCAAUCAAGUCAGUCGGACGAUUGGAUGUCACCCGUUGUCACACCAGCAGAAGGAGCGGGAGGAAAGAAGAAGAGUAAGGGGAAAGGAGGAAAGAAGCCAAAAGAGGGAAAACCGAAGUCAAAAUCAAGCAAAGGAGGAUCGAAAAAGGGUCAAAAGACCCCGAAAAGCAGAAGUAAAAGGAGUACCGCUGGGAAGAAAGGCAAGAAAAACAAAUCGGCCAGAAAGACGAAGAGUUCAAAAAGUGCCAAAGCAAAAAAGAAGGGGAGCAAAUCCCAGUCGGCUAGUCAAAGCACUGAUCCAGCUACGGGUACGGGAACAGGUACUGGCAGUGAUCAAAAUAGCGCUAAGGACGGAAAAAAGAAGAAGAAAAAGGGUUCAGUAGUCUGUGGAUCGAAAAAGAAAACUAAGAAGUCGAAAAAGUCUAACACAUCAAAGAGCAGUAAGAGGAGCAGUAAAUCGGAAUCAAACAAAUCAGACAAGAAGAAGGGCAAGAAGGGGUCCAAGAAAUCCGAGGAAGCGCAGCAAGAUUCGAAGAGAAGUCUCAGCAAACCAUCAUCGACCCCAUCGAAGAGCGAUACCGAAGGCGAUGUGAGAUUACUGGCUUUUCCCUGUGGCGGUUCAGUGAGAUGGUUGUCAUUUUUCAGCAGCUGCCAAUGUUGUGCUCAUUUUGGCCCCGUGCCGUCUCCAAAAGGGAAUCCAAUCGCAUUAUUGCCGUCAUUCGCUCUGCAGAAAGAGUGGACCGAGUGUUUGGUUCGGAUUGGCCCCGCACUGAAGCACCACACGGAUACGUGA